AUGGCUCUAGGUGCCUCGGAGACUGAUGCCCCCCACUGGGGCUGGGACCUAGAUGGGGACGAGGACUGGGACAGCGCCGUACUGACCCUGCUGGCACUGGCUGUGGUGGUCGCCACGGCCCUGGCCCUACAUUGGUUUGGCUCCGGGCAGGACCAGGAGGCAGCUGGCCCAGUGUCUGCAACCCCCCAGACCCAGCCUCCUCAGGUGGGAGCAGAGCCAGCCCCUCACCCAAAGGCCAAGAUGAGUGAUGGUCCUGAGGAACCAGGGCUGGGGAAGUCAACGCUCCCAGCAUACAGCCAGGGUGCCCCCACUGUGACUGCAGGUGCUCGGGCCCAGGAGUCCCCUGGCAGGGGACACCCAGCCGCCUCAGCGGGGCCUGUGCCUCAGAUGCCUGGAAAGGCAGUCGGCACCGAGGACCGAGGACAGCUUCGCAGCAGGGGUGCCUUGGAAGACCCUGCAGACCCAGGAAGGCAGCCUCCAGGACCAAGCCCUGACCCCCUGGGAAGGAGCAAAGCAGGGGGCAUGUCCCGGCCCAUCCUGAUCCAUUUCACCCCUCGGGAUCCUGGCGGAGAGGUGGAGGCUGUCUGUCCCAAGGAGCCAGCGGCCCAGACCCCCAGCCACGCAUCUGAACCGGACACCAGCCCCUGGCUGCUAGGGGCAGGACCAUCUCGUCUACGGGGGAGAGGCCGGGGCAGCCGUCAGCGGAGGCAGGGGGACACGAGCUCAGGAGACAGACCCCGCUCACCCAGACCGGACCCAUUGCGGCUGGGUGCUGUGGGACCUGCUUCUCAGGAGCUGCCCGAGCCCAACACUGUGCAGGUUGGGUCCCUGGCCAAUGGCCUCAAGAAGGAUCAACCAGUCCCAGUCCUGGCUCUGGGCUUGGGGCCCAUAGCAGGGCAAGAGACUCCAGAGGAUCUCAAUGUGGCCAAGGCAGGGGCAAGUGCCCCUCAGGAUGCCCACACUCCCCGGAGCCUGGGGCUAGGCGAGGCAGAAAGGCAAGAGGGCCCCAGUCUUGGAGCAGGCCCAGGAGCUGGGCAGGCCCAGGGGGACGAGACCCGCAAGCAGGUCACCGGCAGCCAGGCUGUUGACCUGGGGCCGGGGCAGCCCCUGGAUGCAGAGAAGCCAGUCUCAGCCCUCUCGAGAGACCCAGACAUUGACCCCAACACUAACCACAACUGCAGUCCCAGCUGUAACCUCAAGCCCAACUUCAGCCCCAGCUGUAUCCCCAAGCCCAACUUUAGCCGCAGCUGUAACUCCAAGUCCCAAACCUGGCACAAUCCCAGCUCAAGCUCCAGUCCCAACCACAAUCCCAGCCCAGACUCCAACUUUAACUGUAACUUCAACCUCAACCUCAACCCCAGUCCCAGCACCAACCCCAACCCCAGCCCCUACACCUGCCCAGACUCCAACUUUAACCCCAACCUCAACCUCAACCCCAGUCCCAGUCCCAGCCCCAACACCAAUCCCAGCCUCUACACCUGCCCAGACUCCAACUUUAACCCCAGCCUCAGCCCCAGCCCCAAGUCCAGCUCCAACUCUCACCCCAGCCCCAGCUGGUUCAGUCAGGAGUUCUGCUGCUCGGGAGCCCAGGACGACUCUCUCCAAGGGCUCCCAGGGGAGGCAGGAAAGGCGCGGAGGGCCAGUGGGGCCGAGCACCGAGAGACCGGUCGAGGCUUCAGGGGUCUCCCAGACCCGCAGGGCCCGGGCCUCGCCAGGCCCAGGUGGAGCCGGCACGGAGGAGACAAGGCCGGGCUCACCUCCGCCUCGCGCAGCGGAGCCUCGGCCGACGCCCAGGCCCAGGAAGCGCAGCCUGUGCCCCUGCGGGGCUGCGGCCUGUGCACCAUGUACAAUUACUUGUUCUUGGCCGGCGGCGUCCGCGGCUCGGGCGCGCAGGCCGUCUGCUCCAAGGAGGUCUUCUGCUACAACCCGCUGACCGACAUCUGGAGCCAGGUGCGCCCCAUGCGGCAGGCCCGCGCGCAGCUCAAGCUGGUGGCCCUGGAUGGCCUGCUCUACGCCAUCGGGGGCGAAUGCCUCUACAGCAUGGAGCGCUACGACCCCCGCACGGACUCCUGGGCCCCGCGCGCGCCCCUGCCCGCGGGCACCUUCCCGGUGGCGCACGAGGCCGUGGCCUGCCGCGGGGACAUCUACGUCACCGGGGGCCACCUUUUCUACCGCCUGCUCAGGUACAGCCCCGCCAAGGACGCAUGGGACGAGUGCCCGUACAGCGCCAGCCACAGGCGCUCCAGCGACAUGGUGGCGCUGGGCGGCUUCCUGUACCGCUUCGACCUGCUGCGCGGCGUGGGUGCCGCUGUGAUGCGCUACAAUACGGUGACUGGCUCGUGGAGCCGCGCCGCCUCGCUGCCGCUGCCGGAGCCCGUGCCCCUGCGCUGCGCCGCACUGGGUAGCACCAUCUACUGCCUCAACCACCAGGUCACCGCCACCUUCACCGUCUCCGACGCCACCGCGCAGUUCGAGGCCCAGGAGAUGCAGCCCUGUCCUGCGGGGAGCAGGGGCAUCCUCUGCCCCUUCGUCCUGACCCUGCCCGCCACCGCCGACCCACUGCAGACUGCAAUUUGA